AUGGGGGAGGAGUGAGAGGACCAGGGAGAAGAAGGGGAGGAGCGGGAGGGCAGGAGCGCGGCCGCGCGGGGAGGAGUCUGCAAACUUUCUGUUCAAGGGCAUUGUGGGAAGCAGCCAUGGUCUGAGGCAGGCGCCUCACCUGUCAGCCGCGCGGGCUCCUGCGCUCCCUCCGGCCCUCGGGUCCUUCGCGCUCGGUGCUUCCGGGACAGGGGCGGUGGCGGCCAGGUCACCAUGUGUGAUGAGGCAUGGGCCGGACGUACGUUCAUUCAAGAGUAAGGACAUUAGGGGUUCUACAGUUUACUGGCCGUGUUGCAUCUUCUCUACCUGGAUUUCUGCACUGAUACAUUUCAUAUUGCUCUUCAGUCGACAAGGGAAAUUGCGGCUGCAGAAAUGGUAUACCACCCUCCCUGACAAAGAAAGGAAAAAGGUCACCCGGGAAAUUGUUCAGAUCAUUCUCUCUCGUGGUCACAGGACAAGCAGUUUUGUUGACUGGAAGGAGCUAAAACUUGUUUAUAAAAGGUAUGCUAGUUUAUAUUUUUGCUGUGCAGUAGAAAAUCAAGACAAUGAGCUCUUGACACUAGAGAUUGUUCAUCGUUAUGUGGAGUUGCUGGACAAAUACUUUGGAAAUGUCUGCGAACUGGAUAUUAUCUUUAAUUUCGAAAAGGCAUAUUUUAUCCUUGAUGAAUUUAUAAUAGGUGGAGAAAUUCAGGAAACAUCCAAGAAAACUGCUGUCAAAGCCAUUGAAGACUCUGAUAUGUUGCAAGAGACAAUGGAAGAAUACAUGAACAAACCUACAUUUUAACCGUACAUCUACUUGAAGACUCCAAGUGCUAUGUGAUGUGAAUUUACAAACAAGCAAUGCCUUACAGUCAGUCUUGACAAAGCCUCUGGCACCAUGCCAAAAAUAACUUAAAGGGACUCUUUGUUAACUAGCACAAAUUAAAGUUGUUCAGCAUGAUAUAUUUAUAAUUGCUACACAUCUGUAUUAUAUUAUACAUGCAUACUUCUUGUGGCUCUGAUUGCUUGAAACAACUGUUGCAUAACCCAACAGAUGAAUAAUUGUUUGCAAUAUUUUAACUCCAUGUGAUGUUUUAAAGCUAAUUUUGAAAAAAUGGUUGCAAUGUAUUUUUGUUGCAUAUGACCUCCUACUGACAGGUUGAAAACUGUAUUGUUGAUAACUUAUGAUUCUGAAAGUAAAGUAUAUAUUAUUAAUGCCUUUCCUAAAUAUUUAGUUUUUAAAAGUAUAUAUUAGUUCAAACAUGUUAAUAGUUGAGUUCAUACCUAAUACUAGAUAUUUUCCAAAUAGUUAAUAAUACUGUAAUUUCAGACCAGAUACAAUGUAUCUUAUUUUAAUGUUCUGAAUCCUUUUAUUUUUUUAGGAUUGGAAUUAGGGAAGAUAAACCAAAGAAAGUAUAGAACUUAACAAGUGUUUUUGAUGCCUUAGAAGCUGCUACCUAGGCUGAGGUUUUAAUUUUACCUUUUAAUUGAAAUAAGGGACAUUCCAAUAAAGUUAUGUUUUCUACAAACUCUAUAUAUUUAUUAAGGUUUUUAAAGAUAGAGAGAUAUAGUGCCUAUGACAUUCUUUAUUAUAAGAAUAGUAUGAUAAGGAUUAAUAACAAGAGCAAUAAUUAUUAUUGCUACUCCUAUUUUAAAAAUCUCUCAUGUUCCAAGCAUUCUUAGUUGAUUGAGAGAUUUUAUUUCAAAUAGUUUUAAUGUAAAUUUAAUAUAUUUGAAGUCAUUGCUUAUUAGGCUUACUUAGGGCAUUUACUAGCUAUCAUUGAAGCCUAAGUGGUGAAUGAUCUCCCCCGCCCAAAAUGCGCUGCUGUUCAUUAUUGUAAAUAUGUUACCUUGGUACUUCCUGGAAUGACAAUUCUACAUAACUAGGUACUAAAUGUGAUCCAAACUGGGCAUAGCGGCUCAGGCCCGUAAUCUCAGUGGCUCAGGAGGCUGAGGCAGGAGGAUUGUGAGUUCAAAGCCAGCCUUAGCAAUUUAGAGAGGCCCUAAGCAACUCAGCAAGACUCUCAGUGGUUAGCGCCUUGGGUUCAAUCCUUGGUACCAAAAAAACAAAACAAAACAAGACAAAACAAAAAAUGUGAUCUGACACCUCAUGGGGAAAUAGCUUGCACUCUUCUGUCUUGGUGCCUUUCUCUAAAGUCUUACCUGUACAUUUUCAAGGUGGGUCUCACAGGAUGGUAUCACUCAUAAUGUGAGGGACCCCCUAGUACUUUUCUUAAGGUGAUCAUGCUUGCUGUUGGAUUUUGUAGCAGAGCCUGUACAGCAUACCCUCAUAGAACAUGAUGGAAAUGUGUCAUCUGUGGGUCAUCUCAGUAGAGUGCUUCAGGGGGAGAGGCAAGUUAGGAGAAGGAGAACAGAGGCCUAACUUGACCAAUUCCCCAGUAUAACCAUUACUUAAAGGAAAGCAUUCAGAUGAGUACAUGAAGUAAUCUCUGGGCUUUAAAUACCUCCUAUUCCUCAAAUUAAUGAUAAGAUUGCAAUUAUAGCAUCAGAUUGAAGUUUAUCAUUUUUUAUCACUGUGUUUACUGUUUCUUUAGUUUUGUGCUUUAACUGUUUUUUGGUAAGUAUGAUAAAACUCUUUGUUUUUCAAGCCAAUUUUGUAAAGAUGGACUUCCUGUAAAUAUAUCACAGUUUUUCUGGUUCCUUUCCAUUAUUUUUGGAUGAAGGUCUUUCUUGAACCUCAUUAAACAUACUGCAUAUAUUCUGGAAAAUUCCAUAUUAAAUACUGUCUAGCUGUGCAUAGGUAUUCUCAGACUUCCUGUUGCAUACAGAGAAUGAUUGUGUCUUUGUGGCACACUGGGGUAAGUUUGAGGAAUUUUGGAGACAUCUUUAAUGAGCUGUGGUGAAAAUAGUCAUUAUGUUUUCUUUAUAUUAUAUAAUUAUAACAAGAGUACCAAGUGCAAAGAAAGAUCAUAAAUAUUCAGUUUGUAUAAUGCUUCCAAAUAAAAUAUUUUAAAA